AUGACACUAGUUGAAGGACAACAAUUCGAACUGUUCACCAUAAAUAUACCUACAGUAAUAAUUACAGAAAUAAUUACAGCAAUACCAACUACAAUCAUCGAAACUAUAAUUGGAACCCAAGUAAUAACCCAAACUGAAACACCAAACUACUUUAAUGAUACCAACGUUAUAAACCAAGACAUAAUUAUAGUAAUAGCAAUUACAAUAAUUGCUGGAGUAAUAAUAUUUGUAAAAUAUCAAGCUAGAAUUAAGAAGAAAACUAAUAUUGCAGAUAACUAUAUCAACAAUACACUUCGACAAGGAGAAAUUGUUACCAAUACAAUAACUCCUAUAGCAACAAAU